CACGCUCAUCAGGUUAGCUGAUUGUUACUUGAAGACUCCCCGAGAACUACCAUCCACGCACGUCGUGGCCUUAUAGAAACGCCUAAUCGAACGGACCAGCACUCGAAUGAGGACACCGUCUCAGCUCUGGUCUGCUCUCAAACAAGCGAUCUCAGAGAUCGCCAGUCUAGACCCAGAGACAAUGAGCAUGCACAGGACAGGAUACUACCCAGAAACCACUGAGGAUGUCUCUCGUACCGUACGAUACUUGCAAAAGGCAUCGCCAUCCCCGCUUCCGGACGAGUUGGUGAAGAUGAUUCUCUGGCACGGCGAUUACGAUUGCAUACAUUUCGAAGCACACUACAACAAAGACGAGAUGACCCGGAGUCAUGGCUCUCAGCCUUCUCUCAGGGCUGCAUACGUCGAGACCAGAUCUUUGAGAUACAUCUCGCCCAGAGCUGACACAACCAGCUCGAACUCCACACGCGGCGGACGAGUACGGGCUGUACGUUUAAAAGUCAAAGGAAGGGAUCAAGGUUGGGGAGGUGAUGGAAGCGGGAGUUGGAGCUGGUUCGAUGUCGCGAGGAGAGGCUCGCCCACGAACGGCAGGAGACGCGAAGAAUUUGACGACUGCUAUGUGACCUGGGCGCACAAUGAAGUCGCUGCGAAGGAUUGGCAGACACACGAAACGGACACUGAGACCAAUCCGCAGCUACUGGAGUGGGCUCGUGGCCUUCGAAACGGAGAUCGCGUGUCGAUACUACCUAUGGCGCAAUUUCCAGGCUGGGCUUGCAAUGCUUCAUUUGGAAGUAUAGACGUCGAAGUAGAGGUUUGGCGUUGAGUCGCAAUGACAUGAGGCUGUCCGUAACCUCCAUCGCUUCGAAGAGAUUGAGAUUUGUCCUCCGGG